UGGUGGUUUGUGCUGUAAGUAGGUAGCCAGCACCUUUAUAAGCUGAGAGAAAAGGCCAGUUGUCUCCGGAGGACAACUGGGUCCCACAGACGGCAGACAGCUUGCGGUGACGGAGUUAGUGUCCCAUACAGGCGUACUUCUCCCUCAACAUCCUGGAGAGGAAUCUGCAAUAACACAUAGGCAGGUGUCCACAGCUCCUCCUGUCCCAGCAGUGUGUAAUCAUAGGAUGUCCCGGAACCCUGAGGUGAAGGACGACCCGAUGGAGUGCCCGCUGUGUAUGGAACCGCUGGAGAUCGAUGACGUCAACUUCUUCCCCUGUACAUGUGGAUACCAGAUCUGCCGAUUCUGCUGGCAUCGAAUCAGGACCGACGAGAACGGCCUCUGUCCCGCCUGCAGAAAGCCGUACCCAGAAGACCCAGCAGUGUACAAGCCGCUGUCACAGGAAGAGCUGCAGAGGAUAAAGAAUGAGAAGAAACAGAAGCAGAAUGAGAAGAAGCAGAAGAUCACAGAGAACAGAAAGCAUCUGGCCAGUGUCCGAGUGGUGCAGAGAAACCUGGUGUUUGUAGUGGGGCUGUCUCAGAGGCUGGCUGACCCUGAGGUUCUAAAGAGGCCAGAAUAUUUUGGGAAAUUUGGCAAGAUUCACAAAGUUGUGAUCAACAACAGCACAUCAUACGCCGGCUCACAGGGGCCCAGUGCCAGUGCCUAUGUCACAUAUAUUCGCUCUGAAGACGCCCUCAGAGCAAUCCAGUGUGUCAACAAUGUAGUGGUUGAUGGCAGAACACUUAAGGCUUCUUUAGGAACCACAAAAUACUGCAGUUACUUUUUGAAGAGCAUGCAGUGCCCCAAACCAGACUGCAUGUAUCUACACGAGCUAGGGGACGAAGCUGCCAGUUUUACAAAAGAGGAGAUGCAGGCAGGAAAGCAUCAGGAGUAUGAGCAGAAAUUACUACAAGACCUCUACAAAAUGAACCCGGCCUUCCUACAGACCUCAGCUGUGUCAGGGGACAAGCCAAAGGGCAAAGCCAACUCUUUACAGAGGUCGAACAGCUCCAGUAAAGAUGGGAGGAUGACCAACGGCCUGUCAUCAGACCACAGGAGGAGUCCACCAUUAGACGGCUCAGACUCUGAACACUUGACCCCUGACGGGCCUGAACCUGACCUCAGCCUUGACCCUGUACCGCCACUUUCCCCAUUCACCUCAAACAAUCACCUUGCCAGUCCCAGCAGCAAACUGACAGACAUCAUAAGUAUAGGCAACGGAGAAACCUCACAGCUGCUCCCUGGCAGUGACUCUCCAUCGCCCCCUCCUGGCCUCAGUAAGCCCAGCCUGGUGGUUCCCAUCAGUGUCACAGGCCACACAGCUCGCUCCCCUUUCGAGGCAGCUGCUGCGGAGUCCCAGUCGCUGUUCUCAGACAACAGUAACUUCAGGCAUCCAAACCCACUCCCCAGUGGACUGAGCGGCUUCCCCAGCUCCCCACACAGCAACGCCGACUGGCCCACUGCUCCAGAGCCACAGAGCCUCUUCACCUCAGAUACGAUGCCGGUGUCCUCGUCCACAGACUGGCAGGCGGCGUUUGGCUUCGGCUCGUCCAAACAACAGCAGCAGGAGGACGACUUGGGCUUCGACCCCUUCGACAUCACUCGCAGGGCUCUGGCUGACCUCAUAGAGAACGAGCUCUCUGUUGAAGACAGCUUCAGCUCGUCCCUGUCGCCCGCCUCCUUCUCCCACAGAACCCACGGACCCCUGCUAAACAAAGGAGGGCUCCCACUCCCCAACCACCUCGCUCCCUCUCACCAUUUCUCCCAGCAUCAGCACCCACACAGGGGAGAGUAUAGCUCCUUCGGCUUCCCCAAUCACCCUUCAUCAUCAUCUUCAUCCUCCUGCUCCUCCUCCUCCUCAGCAUCGUGUGGGUCCUGGAUGGGUUCCACCUCCUCACGCAGUAACUUUGUGCAUUUGAACCACACAGUGAGUCGAACAGCGUCAACCUCACAUAACAGCUUCUUGGACUUGACAGUGCUGCCGGGACAUCACAGUACUGGGCUUGGAGGAAUCCCCAUCACAGAAAACAGCUGUGGAGAUGGUAUAAAUGUGAAAGAGUGGCAGGACGGGCUCAGAGCUCUCUUACCUAACAUCAACAUCAACUUCGGAGGAUUGCCCAACUCCUCGUCUUCCUCGUCGUCAUCCAGCAUCAACCACACAGGGGCACCAGGGCUUUCUGGGAGUGUUUCUCACAGUCUCUGCUGGGAAAACAAAGCCAGAUGGAUGGACCCAGCCAUCAUCACAGGGAUCCCAACCUCUGGUGGCAACAGUCUGGACUCACUUCAAGACGAAAAUCCUCCACACUGGCUCAAGUCCUUGCAGACGCUCACAGAAAUGGAUGCCCCAUCCAGCUCCGCCCCACCCCCCCACAGAGCCGGCUGGGCGCACUACCCGGCCCCCACCAGCCAGUUCCACUCUCCACCGCCAGGCUUCCAGACAGCCUUCAGACCCCCAACACAGACCCAGACAGACCUGCUACAGAGUGCCGGCAUCGACCGCCACUAGGGACUGUCAUUACUCACACACGCGUGUCACCUCAAACCACACCGAAUCAGCAGAUACAGAGUGCAAUACUAUUAACAACUAAUAAUAUAAUAUCAUAUUUUAAUUUCUUUCUCAACCAGAUCUUCUAAAAUCGUGUGUUUCUUGUCUUGGUUUCUGAUUGGCUGUUGGAGUUGGUCGAGGCAAACUUCCCAGGCACAUCUCCUAACACUGUGUGAAGGUACUGCUGAGACAGAACCACAGUCAGAAGUUAUUGAGUUAUCUGAAUCUGAAAACAUAUUUGUAAUUACAUGGUCAAAUCAUGUAGAGAAAGUGUGUUUGAGAGGUGCUUCAAAUAAAAAAUCUGCACACUUAUGUGAUAAUUCAAAACACAAUUGGACAUGUCUCUCAAUAAAUCUUCCCUUCAACCAGUCCUUGUGAGAGAAGCUGUUUUCUGGAACCCCAGAGGAAAGGUUUAGGGUUUAGUAUAGUUAAGGUAUGGUAGGCUAGCGUGUUCAGAGCUGCACUGCUAUGGAAAUAUAUUGACGACAAAUGAUUUUAGAGAGUGCAGAGCAAUUAUACUGAUACUCAGUCUGCAAGUCAACCUACGAGAGCACGCAGGCACCAUUUAUAAGAGCACAAUCAGAUUUAUGUGUAAGGGAGGACAGGAUGACCUUUCAAUUCCAGGUCAAAUUAAACAUGCUCACCUUCCUGUUAGACUUCCCCUUCUACUUCCAGAAUAAAAGCUGGGUAAAUGGCAUAUUUGAACCAACAUAUAGAAACAAGCGUACACUUGUACAUGUGUUUAUUUAUUUGUAAGAAACAAAAAAGCCCACAUAUAUUUAGUCUAUAAUCAUAGGGGUGACCAAAAAGCACCUGAAUCUGACUGAACUGAUCAAGUUGCAUUGUGGAUAAUGUAGGAGCUGGUUUUAAUUGCAUUGUGUAGGAUUUAAGGGGAUCUAUUGGCAGAAUGGAAUAUAAUUCAACUCUGAUUCCAAAAAAAGUUGAGACACUGUCUAAAACAUAACACAUUUGUGAUAUAUACCUAAUUGAAAGCUAUACAAAGACAAUAUAUUUAACAGAAAAACUGUAAACCGAGCGAACCUGAUGAAACGUCAGGCGGAAUGCUUUGUCACUUCAGUGUGCGGUGGUAUUCAAUUUUUAUUUCAACAAUAUAUUUGACCUUUUAAAACCCACCUGCCAGUCGGUGGGUACGGGUAGGGGUAGACAAAAAAACAUUUUAUUUUGAUGUAGUUUGGGUUGUGUUUCAGCCACAUGCUGAAAAAAACACAACGUGAUGUAACCUUUCAAAUAAAGCCUCAUACAUGUAUUUUGGCCUUACAGUUAUUCUAAUAUAAGCUUUGGCUUUUUUUGGGCCUAAUCCUAACCCUUCACCUAUCCCUAAACCUACCCGGGCAGGUGGGUUUUAAGAGGUUGAUGUUCAAAAUGUUAUAUAUAAAUAUAAACUCUGAAUUAAAUACAUAACUUUACCACUAGAUGCCACUAAAUGCUACACACUGAACAUUUAAAGAAGAAGAACACCUGGAAUUAAAAAAACAUUACUGGUUCUGAUGCAUUAAUUUUGAUCUUUUUUGUUAAACUGUCCUCUGUUUGAGUCUGAUAAUGUUA